AAACAAUUUUGAUGUUUGCGUUACACCUAGUGUCCCGAAGGGGGUGUUUUGUCGGAUAUGUGCUUAGGAAUUACCACCUGCAAAACAGGAUUAGUGACUACCUAAAAAAUGGCUACUUUUCAGAAAUUCUGCCAAAUAAGAGUGAAAAAUACUUGUUAAACCUUGAAACAACAGGAAACUUCUCUGUUUAUGCUGGAUUCGACCCCACAUGUGACAGCCUACAGUUGGGAAACCUUGUGGCUGUUUGUGGUUUGCUUCGUUGUCAUUUAUCUGGCAAAGACAUAGUUGCAGUUGUUGGUGGAUCUACUAGUAUCUUGGGUGAUCCUAGUGGCAGAACUAAAAAACGUGAAUACCAAUCCUUGGAACAGUAUUCUUCCAAUUCCAGUCUUAUAGAGCACAGUCUGAAUCAGAUAAUCCAUAAUUACUGGACACAAAUUGUCCCAGCUUUAUCGAUUUCUGGAAAGCUAGGUUCAGUUAAUGUCGUUAACAAUUCCGAAUGGCUGACUCACAAAAAAGUGAUGGACGUUUCGUGUGAAGUUUUGCCGCACUUCAAGUUGUCUGAAUUGUUGGAAAAAGAAAGCGUUAAAAUAAGAAUGGAAAGUGGAAAUACUAUGGAUCUUGGGGAAUUUUUUUAUCCAAUCGUACAAGCAAUAGACUUCCUAUACUUACAUGAAAAGUUUAAUUGUUACGUGCAGGUUGGUGGGCACGAUCAGAUCGGCAACAUAACUUGUGGAUUAAACCUGAUCUAUCGCAAACUUGGUCGGCGUGCUUUUGGUUUAACUGUUCCUCUGCUGACUACCCCAACUGGUCAGAAAUUGGGAAAAUCUGUUUCCGACUCAGAGUGUGGAAUGGAUACUAUAUGGUUAAUGAGUAAAAAAUUAAAACCUUACAAUUUCUACCAAAAGAUUUUAAAUUUGCCUGAUAGUAUUAUAUCAGAUAAACUGGUUCGUCAGUUGACCUUUUUUGGACCUGAGGAAAUAGGUCAAUUGUUGACUGACCAUAAAAAGCAUCCUAAUCGUCGUAUAGUUCAAAAGGCUCUGGCAAAAGAACUCACUUUACUAGUUCAUGGAGCCUAUGCUUUACAAGCGUCAGAACUUGCAACUCGAAUAUUUUUUCCUAUGAGUUCUGUAAAUUGCCCGAAUGAUAGCCUGCCAGUCGAUAAAACCAGUCUGGAAAUAAUUCAAAAUGAACUGAGUAGUUCAGAACGUAACUACCUCAUUUCCUGCUUGAAUCCAUCUUCACAAUUUCUGCCAGUUAUUUAUCCCAAAGAUUUCACAGAUUCUUUGAAAAAAUCUGGAAAUAAUUAUAGUCAACUUUUAGAAAGUGUUUUAGACCUAAUUAUGCUGACCUCAAACUUUAAAGAUCGAUCUGAAGCUUUACAAACAUGUUUCAUGAGAGGUGUUGUACUAAAUAAUGUUAACCUUUUAAAGAAGGGCAAUAAAUGUGAAAUGUCACUCGAAAAUAUACAAGCAGCAUUUAGCAGAUUUGAUCAAACCACCGGUUUAGGUAUCCUACGACUAGGUAAAAAUGAACAUUGGUUUGUCGCAACUAAAUCAAAUUUUACUCAAUAGACUCUUUCUAAAAUGUAUAGUUGUAAUGUAACAUGUGUGUACUGUAAAUGUGUACAAAAAAUGUUUAUUGUUAUUUCCAAGAAGUUAUAAGUUUCGUUUACCUCUGCUUAUGAUGAUUACAAUUUCUUAAAAAUGAACUUAGUGUGCUUAGUGAAUUAAUUUUAUCAAGAAAGAUUCGAGAAAUUCCGUACUUCGUUGAGUAUUUCCU